AUGUUCCCUGCCAAACCCGUAUUCAAUUUGAAGCCCAAUACUCAUAGGCCUCCGAUUGUACUCUUGCAAGGACUUCUGGACAACGGCUUAGGUAUUUGGACCUUGUGGCAGUGGCUGGAGGGCAUUGGUCUACUGCCCAAAAUCGAUGUGUUCACAUUUAAAUUAAAGAUUCUGGAGACAUUUUACGAGGAAUUGUUCAGAAUUCAUCAACAAACCAUAGAAUUUUCCUCAGUUGAAUGCCGAAAGCAGAACACCAUAGAUGUCAAUUCAUGCCAGAACUAUCGCUAUCAGGAUAGCUGUCAAUCGUUUAUGCCCUCGUUGCCACAAUUGAUUCCAAAGUUAUUGGCUGGGGUUAUAGUAAAAACUAAGGACUCCCAUUGGAGUUAUUAAGA